AUGGGUAUUUAUUAUAGUUUAACAUCAAUAUUUUCAUCAACAACAGAUACAAAUCAUAUAAAUAUACAAUCAAAUUCUAAAUCUAAAAAAAGAAGACGUCGACGUUAUAAACAAAAUCAUUUAUUAAAUCGAUUUUUUUUGGGUUCAAAAUAUUUUUUUAUUAAUACACAACCACAUACAUGUCUUUUUAAUGAAUAUUAUUAUUUUAAUUCAAAAAAAGAUGUAAUCAAUCCUGUACAUUUACAGGUUUCAUUACCUGAACCAAAUCAAUCAAUGACUACACGACCAGUUCACUGUACUAUAGCAAUACGAAGAGAUUCACUUAAAUUAAUUCAUUGUUACGAUGAUUAUUAUUCAAUUGAUUUUACUUUCGAUGCUGAUCGUCCUGUGCAAAUUCACAUCUAUUUUAUGGCACAUGAAGUAUACACAAAUAAUAAUGGUUCAAUAUCUUAUGUUUCAUGUAAAAAAUCAAGUCAUUUACAUACAUUUAAACAAUAUUAUGUAUUUAAUCGACCUGCUGGUCAUGGACAAAUAUUUUCAUCAAUACCAAAUGAUAUUCAUUUACCAUUAUCAGUAUUGAAUGAAAAUCAUCAUAAUUGUACAAUAAAAAAUCGUGUUUAUCCAAUAGUUAUUGUUUGCCGAGAAAUAAAUUCUCUAACUAAAAGUCCAUCAACAAUUUGUGGUACAACAUUAACUGAACAUACAACAGCUGCUUUAGCAUCAUUUCCAACAUUUGAUCAAUUUCAUAUUGUAUUAGCAACAAUAAAACUUCUUCGAUUAAAUGAUACAAUAUCAACAAUAACGCCUGAUCGUGUAACAAUUGUUUUACUUAAUCAAAAACAUGUUUAUAAUGGUAUUGUUUUUAAAUUAUUUGAAAUUUAUAGUAUUGAAAAUCAUCCAUUAAAAUUAUCAAAAAAUAAUAAUAAUAAUGAUAAACGAAAAAUUUCAAAAGGAAAUAAAUCAUUAAUGAAAGUUGUUACAACAUCAACGAUUAAUGAAAAUAAACCAUUUUUAAAUCGUACAAAUGAAAUUGAUGUACUUAAAAAAUCUUCAUCAGAUUUUGAUUUAGUAUUAAAUAAUACAAAUGAAAGUACUUGUGUUAUUUGUUUAACUGAUAAACGUAAUGUUUUAUUACUACCAUGUCGACAUUUAUGUUUAUGUGGACCAUGUGCUGAAAACUUGAAAUUUCAAUCAGCUAAUUGUCCGAUAUGUCGCAUACCAUUUCGUGCUUUAUUACAAAUGAAUGCAUUACGUUAUCGUAAACAUUAUUUAUUUAAUCAUCAAUAUAGUGAUGAUGAAGAUGACUUAAUACAUGAAAAUAUUUCAUUGAUUGAUGCACUUAAUUUAGCAACAUCAACAACAAAACAAAUUAAUAAAACUAACUGUAAUAUUCAACAGAAUAUAACAACAAAUGAUAUUAAGUAUUUUUGCAGUGAACAUACAGUUUAA